GCGGCGCGCCCGGAACGUUUGCAUCUCCGGCCCCGGCGCCCGGGGGGACGCUUUUUCCACGCCGGACGCGCUACGGAAGCCGGCCGGGCCCCCGGAAGCGGAGGCCGCUCUCCCAGCCGCGGCUGCCGCUGGAUGUCCUUGCCGUCGCUGCGCGCUCCCCCCUUGGCCUGGGCCAGCCGCCGCUGACGCCCGCGGAGCAGAAGGAGCAGGAGGGGCCGGAGCCCGCGGAGGAGGAGCAGGCAGCGGCCGGAGGCCUCUCCCGGAGGCGACAUGUGGCGGGCGCGCCGCGCCGCCGAGGCCUGUGAGGCCUGCCGGAGCCUGCUGAGCGCUGGCUGCGCCGUCAGAGGCGCGCUCUCCCUGCCGAGGCCGCGCCUCGUGUCCCGGAGCCUCCACCACCCGCGCCCCCCCAUGGCGAGGCCUCUGCGGGCCCAGCUCCAGGGCUCCUGUCAGUCCUUCUCCUCCCUCAGCCACCUCCCGCUCCGAAGAUGGAAGCUCUCUCCGGCCAAGCCCAGCUACCAGUCGCGGAGGCACUUCUGGCCGGCCCGCCUGGCGGCCAGGCUCCUGCGGCUCCGCUACCUGCUCCUGGGGUCGGCGGUGGGCGGCGGCUACACAGCCAAGAAGACCUUCGACCAGUGGAAGGACAUGAUGCCCGACCUCAGCGACUACAAGUGGAUCGUGCCUGACUUUGUGUGGCAGCUGGACGAGUACAUCGACCUGGAGAAGCUCAGUAAGGCCCUUCCAGAUUCAGAGGCCUUGGCAAAGCUGAUUCCAGACCUGGACAAGCUGGCAGGAAGCUUCAGCCUGCUCAAGGACUUCUUCUCCACAGGUGACAAAUGGGUUAGUGAAGUCGUAGGAGCUUCUGACCUUCUGUUGUUAGGGACCUCGGGAGAAACGGCGUUUCGAGCCACAGACGCGUCCGAAAGCGACAGGCAGUUUAAAAAGGGUCUGCUUGGUGAGCUCAUUAUCUUACAGCAGCAAAUCCAAGAGCAUGAAGAGGAAGCCCGCAGAGCAGCUGGCCAGUUUAACACAGGCUAUUCCCAGCAGAAGCGCAAGGUGACAGACAAGGAGAAGGUGGAGCAGCUUCAAGAAGAACUCCUGCGAACUCAGCUGAAAUAUCAGAGAAUCUUGGAGCGUUUGGAGAAAGAGAACAAAGAACUGAGAAAAUUAGUGUUGCAAAGAGAUGACAAAGGGAUCCAUCACAGAAACCUGAAGAAAUCUCUCAUUGACAUGUAUUCUGAAGUCCUGGACGUUCUUUCGGACUACGAUGCCAGUUACAACACCCAAGAUCAUCUACCCCGGGUUGUCGUGGUGGGGGACCAGAGCGCCGGGAAGACCAGCGUCCUGGAGAUGAUCGCCCAAGCACGGAUAUUCCCUCGUGGCUCCGGCGAGAUGAUGACCCGCUCCCCCGUAAAGGUGACGCUCAGCGAAGGCCCUCACCACGUGGCCCUGUUUAAGGACAGCUCUCGGGAGUUUGACCUGACCAAAGAGGAAGAUCUCGCAGCCUUAAGACGAGAGAUCGAGCUCCGGAUGAGGAAAAACGUGAAGGAAGGCUACACCGUGAGCCCCGAGACCAUCUCUCUGAACGUCAAAGGGCCCGGCCUGCAGAGGAUGGUCCUGGUGGACCUGCCUGGGGUCAUUAACACGGUGACGUCGGGCAUGGCUCCAGACACCAAGGAGACCAUCUUCAGCAUCAGCAAAGCCUACAUGCAGAACCCCAACGCCAUCAUCCUCUGCAUCCAGGACGGGUCGGUGGAUGCUGAGCGCAGCAUCGUGACGGACCUGGUCAGUCAGAUGGACCCUCACGGCAGAAGGACGAUAUUUGUGCUGACCAAAGUCGACCUGGCAGAGAAGAACGUGGCCAGUCCCAGCAGGAUUCAGCAAAUCAUUGAAGGAAAACUCUUCCCCAUGAAAGCCCUGGGUUACUUUGCUGUCGUCACAGGAAAAGGAAACAGCUCCGAGAGCAUCGAAGCUAUCCGGGACUAUGAAGAGGAAUUCUUCCAGAACUCCAAGCUCCUGAAGACGAGCAUGCUGAAGGCCCACCAGGUGACCACAAGGAACCUCAGCUUGGCCGUGUCCGACUGCUUCUGGAAGAUGGUGCGUGAGUCUGUGGAGCAGCAGGCCGACUCGUUCAAAGGUCAGCCAUCUCUGGGAGUGGGGCCGGGCCUCCCACCCCCUCAGCAGCGGCGGCCGUGUGCCCAUGUGUGCCAGCGGCUGAAGUCCCUGGACCAAAACUCCCAGAAACAGCAAAUUUUGGAAGUUCUGAUCCAAAGGAAACGACGAUGCUGCCAGCCAGGAAGCAAGAAGGCGUGCGUGAGGAGCCGCUAUCGGGGGAACUUGAGGCUGGGGGAAGGAGCUUCAGGUGAAGAAAAGGUGGGCUUUGGAUUUUUUAAAAAGACGAGAAGUGUGAGACGGCCACGAUUGAAAGCCUUUGGGGAGUCGGCAGAGCAGCGUGUCGUGGCGUGGCAGGCCUGUCUGGAUGAUGGCCGGAUGACGGCUGCGGAGAGCUCCGAUUGUCUGACCACUGGAGCAGGAAAAGAGCAGCCGGGGAAGUCAGAGAUGGCGCUGGAGUCGGGAGGCCCAGGCCCAGGAGGGGCCCGAGGAAGUCACGCGGCACCCGACCCAGUCUGGCAGGGCCGCCACGUUUCAGAGAACAGAAAGUGCCAGUGUCGUGGAUCCGGUUCUCACCGACCAGGAAGGCUGAUUGGCAGGAUGGGAACGGGACAUCCGCUCAGGCGGCCUGCACCCGCUCACCCCUGGAGCGUUCUCCCCCGGGCUCUCGAUGGUUUAGUCCCAGAGUUGGCCACGGUGCCAGGGAGUGUUGGGGGCCAUGCCCGAGCUCCCACGAUCCUGACAUCGGGGCUCGCUCUGGGGCAUGCGGCUCUCAGCGGUAAGGGAGCCCUGUCCACCGGGGAGAUGUGGGGGGCCUUCCUGUCAGACUUGGGAGGAGGCGGGGCGUGGGACCCCCUCCACCCCUCCCGAGGCCCCCAGGCCAGAGGUCUGAGGGAGUCUCCGCCUCAUUUCUCUCCCACCCAGAAUGAACUCUUUGAGAAAGCCAAGAACGAGAUCCUGGAUGAAGUCAUCAGCCUGAGCCAGGUGACACCCAAGCACUGGGAGGAGAUUCUCCAGCAGAUGUUGUGGGAGCGAGUGUCGACCCACGUGAUUGAGAACAUCUACCUUCCUGCCGCCCAGACCAUGAACUCGGGCACUUUCAACACCACGGUGGACAUUAAGCUGAAGCAGUGGACGGACAAGCAGCUGCCCACGAAGGCCGUCGAGGUGGCCUGGGAGACCCUGCAGGAAGAGUUCUCGCGGUUCAUGACCGAACCCAAGGGCAAAGAGCACGACGACAUCUUUGACAAACUCAAGCAGGCCGUGAAGGAGGAGAGCAUCAAGAGGCACAAGUGGAACGACUUUGCCGAAGACAGCCUGAGAGUCAUCCAGCACAACGCCCUGGAGGACCGCUCCAUCACCGACAAGCAGCAGUGGGACGCCGCCAUCUACUUCAUGGAGGAAGCCCUGCGGGGGCGGCUCAGAGACACGGAAACUGUCCUCGAAAACAUGGUGGGUCCAGAUUGGAAAAAGAGGUGGAUGCACUGGAUGGGACGCACCCAGGAGCAGUCUGUUCACAAUGAAACAAAAAAUGAACUGGAGAAAAUGCUGAAAUGUAACGAGGAGCAUCCGGCCUACCUGGCCAGCGACGAGAUCACCACCGUGCGCAAGAACCUGGAGUCGCGGGGAGUCGAGGUGGACCCGUCCCUGAUUAAGGACACCUGGCACCAGGUCUACAGAAGACACUUCUUGAAAACGGCCCUGAGCCACUGCAACCUCUGUCGGCGAGGCUUCUACUACUACCAGAGGCACUUUGUGGAUUCUGAGUUGGAAUGCAACGACGUGGUCCUCUUCUGGCGCAUCCAGCGCAUGCUCUCCAUCACGGCCAACACCCUGCGGCAGCAGCUCACCAACACCGAAGUCCGGAGGCUGGAGAAGAACGUCAAAGAGGUGCUAGAGGACUUUGCUGAAGACAGUGAGAAGAAGCUGAAGCUGCUCACAGGGAAGAGGGUCCAGCUGGCUGAAGACCUCAAAAAAGUUAGAGAAAUUCAAGAAAAACUGGAUGCUUUCAUUGAAGCCCUCCAUCAAGAGAAAUAAAUAAUAGAAUCCCUCCCAGCAGCAGCUGCCUCUGAAUACAGUGAACAAAGAAAAACGCUUCUCGGCCUUUCUCUUCGGAGAGCCCACACGUGGAAACAUGCCUUGUCCAGAAAACAAGUAAUUUAUUCUUGGUGGAGCCUCUGUAGUUACCAACACCCCCUGUCUCUGCUGGCGUGGCUAUAUCAUCACCCUCUGUUUGGAGUCCAACUGCUCAGGGCACAGGUCCUUGUGAUAUAGGGACUGGUUUUACACGGUAGCCAUUGCUUUUCCAGAAAGUAUUGCUGAGUGUUUGAAAUAAAAACCUGGAGCAACACUGUCAUUUGUAUAUAAAGUAAUCCUAUCCCCAAAAAGUCAUCGUUUGGAUCUGUGAUGUCCUGUCAGAGGAUCAACGGAUUGCCCCCAUUCACUUUAAGCUUGCCACGUGAAAGGGAACAGUCUUUGGCAGGAAAUUGGGAGCUUGAACAAUUCCGAUGUCCUUGAAUUUUGGGGUUGUGAUCAUGUUAGCCAUAAUCAUGGCAUCUCCAGCCUGAGCUUUGGACUCAGUGUUUGCUAGGCUUCUUUGUGUCCAAAGGGAGUGAAAAAACGGUUCCGAGCAAUCUGCUGCCACUCGAGAUCAUCUGCAAGAGAAGGAUUUUUUCUUUUUAGAGGUGUACGAGAGCCCUUGAUUGCUAGUACGAGCCUCUCCCUACAGUCAUAUACACACGUGCAUGCCCUCAAACACGUGCAGUGAUCAUUUCAAAGCACAGUUUGAGGGCAGUCAGUGACAGGAACCAAGGACCCGGCCUCUGUCACCCACGCUGGUGGACCCGACGUGUCCCACUGAGGCGGGACCACUCCCUUUGGAGCCACAGGAGCUCUUCCUUAUGACGUGUCGCUAUCCUUGGCAUUCAGCUUCAUUUUCCGGCCUCUAAUAAAAACUCCCACUUCACGACAACCUGCUUCCUCCUGUCCACUUAGGGUUCCUUUGCCCAAAAUUCAAGUUUUUAUCACUAGCCUAGGAAUUUCUCUUCAGUAUUCCAAGCAUUCCUGCCCGUUUGAGUAACAUUUCUCAAGACUUGGGGCCUGACAAGGAAGCUGAAGGGGCUUCCUCCCCAGGCUUGGAGCAUCACGGCACAUUUUAAGUUUGUUAAACUUUUGGAUUCUGGUAAAGCAAUCACCUCAAAUGUGUUUUCUCUUUAUGUUGGUAUGGAGGGACUCAUAUUCCUGAAAGUUUCAGCCUUCAGAGAGGUCAGGACUAUAGAGCAAGGUCAGACCUCUGGGUCAGGAGGAGAAAAGGCUCCCAUCCCCAACCCUCUGGAAGGAAAGAUUCCUUGACACCGUGUGGAUUUGGGGGCCCUCCUGGUGGUGGCUGCCUGGGUCACUCAUGGAGAAGCAUGUUGAGGAGAAAUGCCCACAGGGUUCAUUGUUCCUAUCUCGCCCUUCUCCAUUUACCUCAGCCUCUCACCCGGUGCCUGAGGAAGCUAAAAGGCUUUCCACACCAACACCGGUUCAUUUGCACAUUAAGAUGUUCCUUUAUAAUCGAUCUCAUGCUAAGUGUGAUUUUUUUAUUUUUGAGGGAGGUGGGGGGUGGAAAUGUAGGUAUUUAUUGAAUGCAGAUGUAAUUGAAGGAAAAAAUAAAAUGCCUUUGGAACCCCUGAAGUUGGGUGUGUUGUGUCUCUGGCCUAAAGAAUCGGCAUCUCUGACGCUUCCAUCAAUCUAGGUCCAAUUUUGAGGAUCUGAACGCGUCGGAAUAGCUAAAGCCUUCAUAUCUGAAGAGCAAAGAUUUCCAGACGACAGAGUGGGGAGCGAAGCUGAAGAAGGCCUGGAAACUUAAGCCGAGCCUCUGAAAGCCCCCUUGGGCCAAAUAUUGGUUUUAAAAAUCAGACUCUGGAGAAACAAGAUCCUUCCUGUGGAAUAAACUGCCUUGUGGGAGGCCCCACACCGGCCUCCAGGAGCCUCCUUAUGCUGCUCCUGGCGACAUGGCACCCACCCAGCCAAGGGAACGCAGCGUAUGCGCAAUAUUGGAGCACUUAAAAUCCGCCACUUCACUCCUGGAGGCGUGGGGCCCUUGGGACUUUUACUUUGGGAAUCGGACCAUGAAGUUGAGGCUGUAGGAGCCGCCUUUUCCAGGCACUAGUUUUAAAUGGAAGUGGUGUUCUCUGGGAUGGAAAAUGCGGUAUUUGGGAGGCCGAGUCGGGUUCUGUCCCUGGUGCCCGGGCAUCUUUCAUUGCCCCAAACCAGUCUGCCGUGGAGAAGAAGGGUCACAGAUUCAGACUGCACGUGCUUGUUUUGGCGAAGGUCAGAUCUUUGAGUGGCCCGUGUUACGAAGGCAUUGGUGGCCUGGCUGGCCCGAGGAGGAAGGCUCGCGGUGCUCUCUGUCCCCCCGGGCUGCCUCCCGGCCUGGCCCCACACAGCCAGCAGCAGGCUCUAGCGGUGGCAGAGGGCCUCUUAAAUGGUUGGGGUUGCCUGCUUCCCUGCGGGAGGCAUUGGCUCCUUUGGCUUUGAGGAAAUUGGAGUUUGAUUGGUUUUGGAAGCCAGCUGGUUUGUCCACCUGAGAGCCGGGGUCUUUCUAGUGUGUGAGAAGAAGGCUGACCUUGGCCUUUCUGUCCCAUCAUGGCUCCUCUCGAUGCCAGGGCGAAUCCCAGGGGCGGGGAGGGACAGGAGCGAGAAGCCCGGGCUGGCGGCCUUGAGCUGUGGGCCUGGGCAAGUUCUCAGGAGGUCCCCUCCAGAUCACAAUGAAACCUGGGUCCUCUCAUGCCCUUGACGGCUCCACCCGUGCAGGGCAUUUGUUAGGAGUCAUCGGCUCCUCCAUCCAGGUGUCUUGGAAGUUUGGACGUCAGCAGGGUUGGAGAAGCCGCCCGGCGGGAUGGGUAGUGUUCAGAAGCGGGGACGGCCCAGCCUGGCUGUGACCUAAGGGAUGGUACAGAAAAGGGGGUGACCUGUGUGGGCCACAAGGAAUCCCCCCCAACUGUCCCGUGAGCCCUGGGCCUGCGCUUAGCUGAGUCUUCAGAAAUGCAUUUCAGCUUCAUGGAGCCCGUCCCUCUUAAUAGUAUGGAAAUGUUGAAUUAGAUUAGUUACGUCGCCCAAAAGGCCGCUUCAUGUUACCCUGGACUUAUGUGCAUGUAUGUUAUUAAGCGUGUGCAUGUGUGAGGGCCGGGGCUCUGGGGCUGUGGCAAAGGCCCCACGCUGAGACCACCAGGGCUCCACAUCUGGAGAAGGGCCAGAAGCAGAGCCGAGGCAAGUGGAGAAACAGAAGUCGCCGGUGACCCAACUGAGAGACCUCUGGGCAGUCUUUUUUUUACCAAGACCGUGUCUGACCCCAGGGCCACCUUGAGGUGCUUGCCCUCCUCCAGAGGAGAUGGAGACAGACAUUUAUUCCCAGAUGGCACAAGAGACAACUUCUGGGGAGAGAGCGCUGGGGUGGGGAGGGGGAAAACACAGGGGGUGGGGGUCAGGAAAACCUUCCUGUACAAGUCAAAGUGGAAUCCUAAGCCUUUGGGUGGAGAAUUCUGUCCUUUGGUCACUGUUGACUUGGACCCCUGAGGGAGAUCAUGCCCGGUCCCUGUCCAGAGAGCUCCAGGACACGUUGCGGACUUUCAGGAUGUGUCAAGCUUUGAGCUGGGGGUGCUCGGAUGAUGGUCUGGGAGCACCGGGGUCAGUCCCCAAGCUGACCUCACACUGUAAUGCUGAGGGAAUCAUGUCUGUACAUUUUGUUUCUGGCUUGAAGAAGUUACGCUAUUUAAUAAAAGAAGACAUUUCAUGCU